AUGGAGAACAGCAAUUUGUUGGCGAUGCGACUGUUCGCGACAUGGGAUGUCGAUCGAGCAACACCAUCCACAGUUCCGAGAAUAUUCAACGUUAGUAUUAAUCGAAUUGUGCUUGAUGGCGUCCCACCGCAGCUCACCUCGAUCAACGUCACCGCCAAAUUGCCGCUGUCGAAGCGCAAUCGAAGUUUGCGAAGCAAUGAGAUCAAAGUGACGCCGUGCCACGGUCGAAUUGAUCUCAAUUGCGACAUUUCAUUUACAAUUCAGUACCCUCACUUUCUUAAACGAAAAGCGAAUAUUUUGCAAAUAAUGAUUCAACGACGGCGAAAGUACAAGAAUCGCCUUCCCGGGGGAUUCAAGGAUAUCGCUGCCGGUGUGAUCAAUUUGAGCAGUGUUAUGCAACAAGGCGGUCUGAAGGAGAUUCCGCUAUGCGCUUUGGAUCCCGAUGAUACAAAAGGAGCAACGAUUACGGUUGGUCGAAUGAUGUUCACCUCGUGCUAUUCGCAAGCACCCGAGCAGAUUGAAGAUCGCGAUAAGACGCAGAAGGUUGCUGAUGAUUCUGAGGAGGACACCGAAACUGACUACGAUGAUGUGCCGCUUGAUGAGCUCGCUGAUAUGCCAACGAGCAGUCGAAGUCUCAAAAACAAUAAUCCCGAGAGACGGCAACGCCAGAAGAAUAUCAAGCAGAAGUUGUCAAAAUUGAUUCGUCGAUUCAAACUGCCGCCCGAUAAUCGGGCGAUCAAUCGUGAUCCGGGAGACGACGAUGGAGAUAUGUUCGACGAUUUGUCGGAUUUUUCCGAUUCGGGUCCCGAAAUGAUGUUGAACGAUGACAGCUCAAUAUGCAGUAAUCCGAGACCUUGCCUUCAACCAUUCUUCACGAGAAGUCGCGAAAUUUUGCCGGCCAUUUAUGAUGGGCAAGAAGUCGAAGCUUCGGAAAGUGAAGGCGAUCGCGAAGAAGGAUGGUCGUCUGAAGCGGACAAUAUGAAAGAGAACGCCCAUCAGAUUGUUCGUGUUGGGUUGUCGCAAAAUGAUUCUGUCGGAUCGUCGUGUGCCGACAACGCGCAAACGCCGAGACGGAACCCGAAUCGCACAAUUUGCGCGUCAUAUACACCGGCAUGCCUUCCGCAUUCGAAUACGACGCACUCGAUCGGGAAGAAUGAGAUUCAUCGGGGAACGAGCCUUCCUGAUCAGCUAUCCUCGAUUCUUGGAGCCAACAUUUCAUCAGAGGGCGAUGUCGUUUGGAUGUGCAACAUUAGCGAGUUCACAUCGUUCGCCGAAUUGUGCAACUCGAUACCCCUUGUAAAUUGUCCUACUGCUCAACACGUUAAACAAGCGAUGAAUCACAUUGUAUCCAGAAUACUCUCUUUCUGUCAUUCAAACUCGUCGAAUCCUCCAAUGACUACUAUUGGAGUGAUAGGAUCAGACCGAAUAUUCGCACGCGUGUUGAGAGCUUACGUUGAUUCGCUGGCUCAUAAAUCAUCGUCGAAUUGGCUCAAAUAUAUUCAAUUUUUGCCUAUUCCAUCGACUAGUUCGAUGUUUUAUAGGCAUAUUGAAGGUUGUGAUCCGCAACUUGACAAUUUAUGUCGAGACCUAUGGGAUCGAUUCAAUGAUAUGACGCCGAGUGAGAAGCUCAGUAUGGGCCAAAAAUUGAGCGCGUGGUCGAACAACAAGAAUGUGGCACGUUUGAACUUGCCGAUCGGCGAGGCGAUGCUGCAAUUGGUUGCCGACAAAGAUCCGGACCUCGGUCGAAUAUUUUUGCCGUUCCUAUGCGAGGUUCGCGUCGGCAAACCGCAAAUUGAUUCGACGCUUAUCGGCACCGAUGAUGAUUCCGGCGGUAAUGUGGCGACACAGAACGCCGCGAUAUCGCCGCGCGAUGAAAAAGACUCGUCGAGAGGCGAAACGUCGCCGCCGCAAAGUCCACAUUUGCGGAAUGCCGAUGGCCAAGAAUUGAGCCUUGAUUUCCUUAUCAACAACAAUUUGACGUCGUUCUCGAAUAGUAAUGGUUUGGAAGUUCCGAGUGGAAACAAUUUAUCCAAUACGCCAACGCCGAAAAAGGAUCGCAUCACGAAUAAGGCGCAUUUUAAAACACUCAUAGUAUCAAGACAAGUCAACAAUAAUCUUCUCACGUUAACAUAUCUCAAAGAAAAACGAAAAGAUAAAAUGCUCCAGAAGCUUGGAAUGAAGAAGGGGCAGAAAGUGGAUUGCGAGGUGACGCCGAAUCAGGUGCUUUCAGUUGGACGUGUGCUUUGCAGCGCUUCGGGGAAACAUAAUGAUCUCACGAUAUUUGUUGACGGCACCGCUUAUUCCGGAGUUCGCUACUUUCAAGCUUCUCCCCAAUGGCAAACGCAUAUUAAAUCAUUUCCUAUCGCGCUUUUAUCGACAAAUCCAAACUGA